AUGACCCAAAUUCCCGUUACAUUUGUAAGCCGAUUCAAUUUACAAGUAGUGAAGAAGGAGGAGGGUGCCAACGAUCAUCAUCAUCACUCCUCCGAACCUUUGUGCCAUCAUGAACAGCAUCACCAUGAUGGGUGUUGUCAUGAGAACCAGGGUUUGAAACAGCCAUCAUGUUGUAGUCAUCAUCAUUCUGAAGAAGGUCGUGAACAUCAUCAUCACUACCAUAUCUCAUCGAUCAGCGUCUUGUUUAUGGGAUUGAAAGAUGGUAGCAUUUCAUUUUAUGCUCCUGGCGCUUCCUCUCUCACGCAGUUCUCAAUUCCUCAACACACCUCUGCCAUUUCCAACAUUAUUCAAGUGAGCCACAAAAUUAUUUCCGAUGUCGAUGAAGAACAUUUAUCGAAAGGUGCGACACCAAAUCAUCAAUUAAAUAUUGAAAAAAGAAUCAAGAAGGUUGCAUGCAAGAAUUAUUUUGCAUCAUUUUCGGAAAAGGAUUUGUGUGUGAAAUUUUGGAAGAUAUAUGCAAAGGAAAAGCAGCAAGCACAUCAGUACGUGCUCGAUGACACACGAAUUGAGUUAGCACCAACUAAAUAUAUUGAUUUUUCGAUUGAGAUGAUCGAAAGUGUGUCACCAGACUCCACAACCUUUGAUUCACCGAUCGUCGCUUUGGGAAAUUCACAUGAUUUAAUUUAUGCAAUUAGUGAAAGAGGUGAAGUGGGUGUUUGGAAGUUUGGCUUAAUGUCUGGAAAAAUUAUUCUAUUAUCAAAGUUUAAUUUGGGAAGAAGUCAUCACAAGGUGAAAAGUGUGUCCUCAAGUCGAAAAGAUCGAUCCAAUCCCAAUCGACUUUUGGCUUAUAGUUUUAUUGCCAUUGCAUGGGAUGACGGAAUUAUUGGAAUUUUAGAGCCAAAUUAUUCACUCUUAAAGAAACGAAUUUCUUUGAUUGGUCUCGAUGAUGCAUCUCAUCAAGAUUUUCAAUUCAAUCGUUUAUUCCUAUUGAAAAUGGUCAUUCAUGCAUUUAGUGCCUCCAUUGCAUUGGCUGUGGACUCUGAAGAAGAAGACUAUGACGAAACACAUGAAGAUACCUCAGAAUCUUCCUCACAACAACAAGCACUCUUUUCCUAUCCAUUUGAAAGUCCACUUAAUAACAUUACCUACGAGUUGCAUCUUGUUUCUCUCCCAGAAAACAGUGAACAUCUUCAUGUCUUGGUCAAGCAAGGUGGUGAAUAUUUGGUUCGAGUAUUUAACACAGCCGAGUCCGUACCUCUCACCAGUGAUCAUUUUCUUGUGGAAGGGGCACUACGAACCAUGGAAGAAGAAUUUGCCACAGAAGCCAUGCGUGAAGGCAUUCAUGACAGGAUUUUCAAUUUGAAAUUUGUGGGCGAUUUGAUGGUCGUUUCGAGCCAGGAUUUGAUUGAAAUUUACUCAAGACAUGAAGAUUCAAGUUCAUUCUGUUCGUUGAUUCAUGACGAAGAGAAUGAAGAACAACAACAGAAAAAUUCUAACUUGAUUGAUGAUGGACAAGAUCCACCUGCUUCUUCUUCUUCUUUCGAAUUGUCAAGUAUUGAAUUCGAUGGACGAAGAGCUCUCUUGUUGGGAUGUACCGAUGGUAAAAUUCGUGGCAUUCUUGUGCCACCUGCUCCAGUUGGUGGUGUUGUUCAUUCCCAUUCUGCAAGUACAAGUGGAAGUCAUGAUGGAGAUUUGGAGACCUUUGAAGUGGAAAUGCCCAAGCAUUGCAUUAGAAAGUAA